GUGCUUACACUCGCGGGCGCGAAAUACAAACAUUCCGGGCUUUCAGUCUCUUAGGCUAAUUACUCAUAUUCUCCUUAUAAUUUCAUGGAUAUGAGACUGAUAAGCAAAACGUAAUUAUGCGUUAGUUAGUAACCAGGGCAAAAUGCAGUCAUCAAAGUCAGAUAUGCCCGAAAUGUCUUGCAAACAUGCGAAUGAAUUCUUCACACGAAAAACAAAUGAAAUCGCAUACAAAAAUAUAAUUAAUUAUCUUGCUUUCCCGAGUUCCCAACGUGGAUUUUCUCAUAAGGCUAAACUAUGUUGUACUUUAUGCAAAACACGUGAUGAAGAAGAAUUAAAUGCUUAUGAUAAAGAUUUAAUACGGCCGAGAUGUUUACUUGCAUGUGCUCAUUGUAUACAUUUUGCAUGUUGGGAUUAUCGUCAUAUAUAUUUGCAUAGAGAAGAUCAUCCGGAUCAUUUUUUGUCUGUUUGUACAGAACGUGGUGAAUUAUUUUGUACUGGUUGUGGUGAUUUUGUUUAUCAUUCUGUAGCUGAAAAUUUUCAUCAAUCUGCAUGUCGUACUUAUUUAGCUCAAUUCGGUUUAUCCAAUCGAUAUUGGAGACCAUCUUUCAAUGAAUUACGUUUAAUACCUCAUAUCACUCCAGUAUUACCAUUAACUGUGAAUGGCCGUUCUGGAGCUAUGCGUGGUCUUAUCAAUAUGGGUAAUACAUGCUUUUUAAAUGUUGUUAUACAAGCUUUAACACAUACACCAGUUCUACGUGAUUAUCUACUAGCUGAUUUACAUCGUUGUUCCAAUCCAACUCGAUCACGUAAUUGUUUAGCAUGUGAAAUGGUUCGUAUUACACAAGAGAUACACUCAUUACACUAG